UCUUUUAUGUGCUGCUGUCUGUCUCUGGGUCCUCCUCUCUGCUGUUCUUACUGGGGUCCUGUUCUCUCAGCCUUUUAUCAUGUCAACCAAAUAAUAUCUAUUACCAUUCCCGACCUGGCAACUGUUUCAUUUAUCUUUGAUUUUUUUCGCAACUCUAUACAUAAAAAUGUUGCAUGAUUUUAAAACGUGACAGCCGCCUAUUAAAUCCAACAACAGUUUCUUUAUAAAAACACCUGCGAUGUUAGUAGAUGUUCCCGUAAUCUCGAUCUACCGUGUUCUCUCCUGUUCCUAUUUUAAGUAGUUCAUGUAAAGGUGCCUCUGUCUCCCCCUGGUGGCAUUGGUGGCGUCGAUAUGGCGAGGUCCAGCGAUGAUUCAUAGUGGUGAUAGCGUCGGUGAAAGCGAGGUGAUGCCGAUGGGUCGCGACUUUCGUUCAAGCGGCGCUGCCAAUGGACUCUGACCUGGUCACCCGACCCCUACUCCGUGACGGAGCACUUAACAAGAAGCACUGUAAAUAUAUGGGAACAUGGUAUGAAAUCGAACGAUUUUAUAAUGUCACUGGAGAUGUCAGAUGUAUUUCUGAAACAAUAUCCUCGUCCUACAAUGGGAUAGAAACUGUAUAUGAGCUUAUCACUCUAAUUACGAAGGGUAAUGAGGUGACUGAACACACUGCAGAAUUAAUUCCACCUGACGAGACAGCCAAAGAUCAAGCAAAACUUACCUACAAACUUGAUGAACAAAUGGGGCAUGAGCCUAUGGAUGAUGACGUUGUUUUUCAUUACUGGGUGUUAGACACUGACUAUACAAGUUACUCUCUGGUAUUCUCCUGUGUAUCUUUCCUUGGCAUAAUGCACACCCCUUAUGCCUGGAUUUUUUCAAGAGAACGACAGCUGUCAGCAAAUACCACACAGUACCUGCAUGGUGUUCUGGAAAAAUAUAAGAUUAAAACUGAUGAUUUUGUGAAAAUUAAUCAAGAAGGUUGCUUAUAAGAGAUUAUCUGAAUGCAUAUAUAACAUUUUAAUGUCCAUCAAAAUACACUUAUUUUUUAGUUUACUCCAUUGUAAUUUAUACUAGAGGUAGCAUAACUGAAAUUAUAUAAUAUCUGCUGCAGUUGCUAUGAUGGACUAUGAAUUGAGUUAUCUUCAAUAAAGUGCAGGAGUUUGAAGAAAUACCCCCAAUUGUCAAUAUCUAUGCCCUCUGAAAUUCAAAUCAAUGGUGAAAUCUUGACUAGUCCAUCACUAGAUGAAGAUAUGUUCCAUUUAAAAUUAGAGACAAUUGGAAUCAGACAUCAUGCUACCAACAUUUGGUCUAAGCACAGCGACUGACUAAUUAGUGCUAAUGCCUUUAAUGGCACUCUUGGUUUGAUCUCCUAAUUAUUUCUUUGCUGUUCUUACAUUAUUCAAUCAAUCAUGUGAAAUUCUUAGAACUUAGAUUAGUUUGGCAUUGACACAGAUAUUUGGCUUUGUGCACGACAAGAGUAUCAGAAAUCUGUUAAAUUAAGUCCUUUUUUCAGCAAUAAAAGUUAAAAAUUAAAAUA